GGGGAGGUGGGAGGUUUAGGCCCACGCGUUACCGCAGCGUUCAGGACCUGCGCCUCGGGGCGCGGGAAAGCCGGGGCCCAGCCCCGCCCCGUCCCGGGUCGGGCUCGGCGCGCGCCCCUCCCGCUGUCUCUGCUCGCUCCCUCGCUCGCGCUCCUCUGCCGGCACUCAGUGGCUGCCCGCGCCCUGCUCCCCCGGUGCGGUCGCUCCCCUUUAAAGCGUCCUUCUCGUUGCCUCCGCCGCCACUCAUGGAUCCUUUCGGCACGCAGCAAAAGGACCUUUCUGUAAAGAAGAACUUCAAAAAUUUCAGAAAUGUGAAAUUGAUUUCCAUGGAAACCUCGUCAUCCUCUGAUGACAGUUGUGACAGUUUUGCUUCUGAUAAUUUUGCAAACACAAAGCCCAAAUUCAGGUCAGAUAUCAGUGAAGAACUGGCAAAUAUUUUUUAUGAGGACUCUGAUAAUGAAUCUUUCUGCGGCUUUCCAGAAAGUGAGGCGAAAGACUUGAGAGGGGAUUGUGGAAUUUUACACAAACCCAAAUUCAGGCCAGAUAUCACUAAAGAACUGGCCACUAUUUUCUGUGCCGACUCUGAUGAUGAAUCAUUCUGCGGCUUCUCAGAAAGCGAAAUACAAGAUGGAAUGAAAUUGGAUUCGGAUGAUGAAGGCAGAAGGACUCGGAGUCAAAUGAAACGGUUGGGUCCUUUGCAAGUAGCUCUAAAGUUUCCAACCCGAGACCUCAAAAAGUCAAGGAAACAAAAAGCUGCCCCACCAAAAGCCCCUGAGGUUCCCAUUCCCAAUUCUGAUUCUGAUUCAGAAGAUGAGAAAGGCUCCAGUUUUUUAGAAAAGAGGGCGCUAAAUAUAAAGGAAAACAAGGCAAUGCUUGCAAAACUUAUGUCAGAAUUGCAGAGUUUUCCAGGAUUAUUUACUGAAAGGAGAUCACUUCCAGGUAGUAGCCCACAGUCGAAGCCAAAUCGAAGGCGCUCCUUCCCAAGAGACCCCUCAAGAAGAAACCCUGAACGAAGAGCUCGUCCACAUACCAGGUCGAGAUCUCUGAUCGAAGGACCCCCAGAUCUACACUUAGAAGAUGAAAUAGAUUUUGAGGACAAGUACAUGUUGGUGAGAAAAAGGAAGAACAUCGAUGGAUAUAUGGAUGAUGACUCCACGCCCAGAAGUCGUCGUCCAGGAACCAUGACCCUUCCUCAUAUUGUUCGUCCGGUGGAAGAGAUUACAGAGGAAGAGCUGGAGAACAUCUGCAUUUCCUCUCGGGACAAGAUCUACAACCGUUCAUUAGGCUCCACCUGCCACCAGUGUCGCCAGAAGACUAUUGACACUAAGACAAACUGCAGAAACCCAGAAUGUUUUGGAGUUCGGGGACAGUUUUGCGGCCCAUGUCUUCGAAACAGAUAUGGUGAAGAGGUCAAAAUAGCGUUGUUGGACCCAAAUUGGCAUUGUCCGCCUUGUCGUGGAAUCUGCAACUGCAGCUUUUGUAGGCAGCGAGAUGGACGAUGUGCAACUGGUGUUCUGGUGUAUUUGGCCAAGUACCACGGUUUUGGAAAUGUGCAUGCUUACUUGAAAAGUCUGAAGCGGGAAUUUGAGAUGGAGACUGAAAAUUGAUGAAGGAUUCACUGACACUGUUUUCUCUAAUCUUCUUGUUAAGCUUCAGUAGUUUUAGGCAGUUGAUGGUUAAAAACUUCAGGGUUCAAUCUUGAUAAUCAGUACAUUUUUUGAUAGUGGGGGUACAUUAAGAUAAAAUUAAAAUCCGUUUUGGAAGCACUAGUAGUAUAAUUUUAAAGUUGCAUUGUAGUUUUUAAUGCUUUCCCCCUCCCCUUCACUAUCACUGACUUUAAAAUGAUUUUAUUGUCCCUUUAGUAUUGAUGGGGAGGAAAUGGGAUGGUUGGUUCAUGACUGGGUAUAAAACCCUAGAACCUAGCAAUAUAACAAAACACUUGAAAAUGCCUAAUUAAGUAUUCUUAAGUAACUAACUCUCCUAGUAUUUCACAUACAUUGAGGAUUCUGGCAAAAAAGGAGCCUUGGUACUUAGAAACACAGAAAAAUGACAUGAUAAAUGCAGAGGAUGGAGUAUGGUAUUUUACAGUCAACUCAACACACAGAGCCUGCACUUUGAGUACCAGGAUUUCGGUUGUCACCAGAAUUACUUGCUUCUAAACUUUUUUGUAUAUCAUGAAGUUUAAAUGUUCAUAUACUGGCUAGUAAAUAUCUUUGCAUUAUAAAAUUUCAUGUGCUGCAUACAGUUAUAUACUUGAAUUGGCAUUUUAAAAAAUGACAGCAACCAAAAAGAAUAUAAGAAUUCAGUAUUAAAUAUGCUUAACGGUUUCCUUUCCUUUUUUCCCCAGUAAUCUUGCAGUUGAAAACUGAACUAACCUUAGAAUCCUUGGUAUUAGAUUUAAAACAUCUGCUUUCCCCCCCUUGUGUUUUGUACAAUUCCUAUGUAGGGUAUUUCAAAAUAUCUCUUAGACUAUAUUGUAUAGAAAGUUGACAUAAGUAAUAGUCUACAGUGCUUAGCAUUUCUGCUUGACUGAAGAAAAUAAUAGAUCAUGCACCGAGUUAACUUUAGAUUUAAAGUUCUUUACUGCUGACUGGAAAGUGCCUUCUUGAAGAAGGAAGAAAUCAAAUGGUUAAGACCAAAGUACUUUCUGAUCCUGUUUGCCUAUGGAAUAACAUCCACAUUUGGCUUUUAGUAUUAAUUGAAUUGGGACACAGGACAUUACUGUGCUCUAAGGGGGUGUCCUUUCUACUUUCCUGUACAUGUAGCUUCAUGUCACAGUUCUUAUUCAGUAUUGGAUACAUAAUUAAAAUCAGAAAAUAAAGCAAACAUUGUAAAUAGGUCUUUAGAUCUGUAAUGUUCUUUUGUACACAAAUUUUAUUUUAUUAAUAAAAAUUAUUGUUCA